AUGGCCGAGGGAGGCCAAAUUAGCCGCUCUCCAUCACGGGGCCUGAUAUAUCACGUCGAAGGUAAACACUCUUGACUUGUUGUAUUGUUCUUCUAAUCUCCGGCAUUGUUUGUUUACCUUGUCAUUCCGUCUUUUUGAUACCUCCAUUUCGCUUAGUUUAACUUGUUCCAACUUCAUAAAAUGUUGGGCCUAGCUUUGGCGGCGUUGGUUACGGUGGCAGUGGAUGCCCAACGAUUACCUCAGCAACAGAGCCAGAUGAGACCCAUCCAAUGUUACUCUUGUCUGUCAGGAACCCUCUCUGAUCAAUCCCGAGCCAUGUUCGAACAGAACGGCCAUGGUUCUAAUGUGCCGGUCGAUGUUUGUGAUGAUCCUUUCAGAACUGUCGGUCAACAAAUGCAGCCUUGUAUGACUAGUUGUGUUAAGAGUGUCUCAGAAAACCAAUGUGAGUAAAACUGAGUACUGCCAUAAUCUUGUUUUAGUUACUCGGGUUGUGAUCCGGGGAUGUCUGACUGAUGUUGCGCAACAAUUGACUGGUCGAAGCCCAAACCUUCGAAUUGUAAGCGAUAUUUUUAUUCUUCGAAAUGUAUUAAAAGACUGCUAUGUAUGUAAAUGAAUUUACUUUCAGCCAGCCCCCGGUCAAUGUAUUGAAGAGAAUCUGGAAAAUGUGAACUUGGGAAUGGUCAAGACUCGGACUUGUCUCUGCGAUCAGAACGGGUGCAACGUCGCAGUUGGACUCAAAAUCUCCGGUUUUGUUAUGGGAUUGCUUUUAUUCUUUGUCGCCGUCAUUUACUGA